AUCACUGUGAGCUACGCACAGCAUCCAGAACUUCACCAUGGUCCUGUAUAUUGCAUCUUUACUUCUUAUUUCCGUCACAACUUCUACUGGUCAGGACGCUGGUGUGCCAGUGACCACAAGCUCUGAACUCACAGAUGCGCUUUCAAUAAUGAAUCACAUUAUCGCCAUGCACAGUACGAUCGACAGUCCACUGGAGCAUUGCCUUAGGGCAGACCUCACAUCACUUGUGCCGGAAGACCACCUAGCGACUUACGAUUUCCAGUUACCAAGUCCUCUUGGCUACAUUGAGAUACCACCUUUCUGCGUCAACCUCACGACGUCGGCCUCAGGUGAAUUCCUUUUCGGUCCUUGUGGAGUGAUCUUCCCAGACCACCCUGCCAAGGUACUUUAUUUUAACGGGAAGAACUGCAUCAUCGCAAGCAUGGUUCUGUUUGGAUUCCGACAAUGCAUCAUGGGAGUGACGCCUGAAUUCAAAGAUUCUGUACCAGACGAAUGCCUGAAGCAGUUUGACGAGAACUGUGGUUCGAAUAGGUACACGCUCUACAGCAAGGAGGAAUGCUCAUAAAGCACCUUGUCGAUUUCUCCAUAGCCGCGCCAGUUCACGUAUUGGUAACGGCGGCUCAAUUGUAUAAUGCGUUCAGUAAAACGUCCUGUUGGCUGUUUUUGUUCCCU